AUGAACAAGAACCUUGAGACCAUGUUCUCCAAAUGGUAUGUGGGAUUAUUUCUGCUCUUUAUCAAAGUGGCAGAUUUGAGUGAUAAUGGUUUUAUCUUCAGUGGAAAUUUCGAACUGGGUGGUGUAGCUGAGCACUCGCGAAAUGGUCUCUUCAAGCUCACUAACUCCUCAAGAUUUGGUGUUGGCCAUGCUUUUUUUCCUCAGCCACAGAACUUUAAGAAUUCAUCAAAUGGUAGCUCAGUUUCCUUUUCCACCACUUUCGUAUUUGCGUUUGUCGAUGAAACCGAGCAGCUCCCUGGUCAUGGGAUGGCCUUUGUGAUCGCACCUUCCAAAGAAAUAGCUGGAGGUUCGUCAUCUCAAAAUUUGGGUUUAUUUAACCGCACAACUAAUGGGAGUCCGUCUAAUCAUAUAGUGGCCAUUGAGCUAGACACGUUCCAAAAUCAAGAGUUCAAUGACAUCAAUCACAAUCAUGUUGGCAUCGACAUCAACAGCUUAACAUCAGUCAAAUCUGCUCCCGCAGGUUAUUUCAAUGAUGAAAAUGGGGAAUUCAAGUAUCUCUCUCUUUCUAGUGGAGAACCAAUGCAAGUUUGGGUGGAAUAUGAUGCCUCAAAGACUCAACUUACUGUAACGUUAGCUCCAAUUCACACAAGUAAGCCAAACCUCCCACUUUUGUCUUUGGAUAUAGAUAUUUCACCGAUCGUUUUAGAGCAAAUGUAUGUGGGGUUUUCUUCCUCAACUGGCCAACUAGUACGAUCCCAUUACGUUCUGGGUUGGAGCUUUCAGCUUGAUGGUGAAGCGCAAGAACUUGAUCUUUCACAGCUUCCACCUUUUCCUGGUAAAGAACAAUCCAAGAAGAAAGGAGCUGCAUUGGUUGUUGGAUUGUCCGUAACUGGAGCAGUUUUGUUGACCAUAAUUACCAUCUCCAUCCUCAUCAUGGUUUGGAGGAGAAAAAAGGCUCAAUUCACUGAGAUACUAGAAGACUGGGAGGUACAGUAUGGAUCUCAUCGGUUCUCAUACAAGGAGUUGCUUGAGGCCACCAAAGGUUUUAGCGAAAGUGAGCUUCUCGGAAAGGGAGGCUUCGGAAAAGUUUAUAGAGGCGUGUUGCCUGUGUCAAAUGUCCAGUUUGCAGUAAAGAGAAUCUCUCACAAUUCCAAACAAGGAAUGAAAGAAUUUGUUGCAGAGAUUGGCACCAUCGGUCAGCUACGACACCCCCACUUGGUUCGAGUUCUUGGCUAUUGUCGAGGUAAAGAGGAGCUCCUUCUGGUGUAUGAUUACAUGCCUAAAGGAAGUCUUGACAAGUUCCUCUAUAGCAAGACUAAGGUCAUUCUUAAUUGGAACCAAAGGUUUAAAAUCAUCAAAGACGUAGCACUAGCACUCACAUAUUUGCAUGAAGAAUGGGCAGAAGUGAUCAUUCACCGAGAUAUCAAGGCUAGCAAUGUACUGUUAGAUGGCGAAUUAAAUGCGAAACUCGGUGACUUUGGACUUGCAAGAUGCAGCAAACAUGAACGGGAUCUUCAAACCACUCAUGUAGCUGGCACAUUAGGCUACAUUGCACCUGAGCUUGCUAGAAGUGGCAAGCCAACUCCAAGCACAGAUGUUUAUGCAUUUGGGGCAUUUUGCUUGGAAGUUGCUUGCGGUCGAAGGCCGGUGGAGCCAAGAACAUCGGCGAAAGAGACGAUUCUCGUGGAUUGGGUCUACGAUUUUUGGAUGGAAGGGAAGAUCUUGAGUACAAUGGAUCCUAAACUCAAUAAAGAAUGCAAAGUUGAGGAAGUUGAACUAGUUUUGAAACUUGGACUACUUUGCUCACAUAGUGUAGCAGAGGCUAGACCGAAAAUGUCUCAAGUUUUGAUGUACUUGAAAGGUCAAGCUUCACUCCCUGAGAAUUUGAAUGCUCAUAUCAAGGCACGGGAAGGAAGAGGAGAGUCUGAAAAUCAUGCAGUAUUGUAUUACUCUACACCAUCUCUAACAAUCACCAACUCUCUCAUUUCUGUGGGUCGUUGA